UCAGUCUCAAGGCGCCAACACUGAAAUGAGGUGCGUGCACGAUCUUACCGAUCCGGGUCUGCUUUUCAUCCGCUGUUCCUCUGCUCUCAUCAGCCUUCCAGGCAGCAAUCUCAUCAGCUUCCUGGCAGCAAUCUCAUCAGCUUCCUGGCAGCAAUCUCAUCAGCUUCACUCAGCUGCAGCUCUGGUUACUGAGGGACACAUUCACACCUGGAUGUCAUCGGAUUCUCAGCUCACAUGGUCCCUUCAUUCAGCAUUGUCCAAAACAUGGCUGCAGUCUCCUCUUCCU